UGCUGCUUCCCCGCGGCCUCCACCUUGAGCUGGACAUCUCUCCCGUGCUGAAGAAGGCGCUGCUGGACGACCACGACGCGGUGGUGACGGACGCCAAGCUGGUGCCGCUGCCUCGGAGCCCGUGUGUGGCGGAGGUGCUGCGGAGGUACUGCGAGCAUGUAGCCGAGGUGGGCGGGUCGGCGGGCGGCGGCCACGUGGCGGCGGAGGUGGCGGGCGGGCUGCGCAGCUACUUCGACAAGGCGCUCAUGGCGGUGCUGCUCUACCGCAGCGAGAGGCCGCAGGCCAUGGCUGUCCUCGCCGACGGCCGGCUGCCCUCCUCCGUGUACGGCACCGAGCACCUGCUGCGGCUGUUCGUGAAGCUGCCGGAGCUGCUGGCGGCGGCGGGGGCGGGGGGCAUGAGCGAGGAGGCGCUGGGGCAGACGGCGGAGGCGGUGCAGGACCUCAUGAACUGGGUGGCCGACCACCUGGAGGGCCUGCUGGCCCCGCGCGACUCCUACCUGGACCACUGGGACUUCAUGGCGGGGCUCAGCGGCGAGCUGGCGGCGGCGGUGGCGGCGGCGGGCUACGCAGGCACCUCGGCGCCGCUGCCGCCACUGCAGCAGCAGCCGCAGCAGCGGGUGCAGGGGUGACGGCAUACAUGGGG